AUGUCGCGAUCGUUCACGGGAUGCAAGAGAUGUAAAGCACGCCGGCAGAAAUGCGAUGAGCAGCGCCCCGAGUGCAGUCGGUGCAGGACGGCGGGGGCGCCGUGCCAGUACACGAUGCAGCUGCAGUGGGGAGGAAGAACCUUUUCACGAUCACGAUUUGGGGCGUGCGAGGGGAUGCAAAGACUGGAGUACUCGCCUGGAGAGUUCAUCUAUACGACCGGCUCCGAGUCAGGGAGCCCCGCGCUGCCAGUGAGCAUCGGGCGAACGGUGAAUCCAUUCUCUUCCUUGACGACAGAACAGCAAUCCCUGCUCCGUCAUUUCAUCACCGAUGCCUCGCAGAUAACAGCGUGCCAUUCGGGGAUGCGGGAAGAGAUCUGCCGCAUGUUGGUCCCGAUGGCCCUGCAGACGCCCUCGCUACUGUAUGCCACCACGGCGCUGUCGGCGAUCCACCUGCAGGCGCUGAGCAACCAGUCCGCGAGCGUCAAGGACGCACCGGAGAUAGCCCGGCUGAUGGCGCUGAGUCUGGAGCAUUUCCGUCGCGAGCUACAGGAUCCUUCUUCCUCGGCGUCCGCGGAUGCGGACGCCCUGCUGGCCACGGCGCGCACGCUGUGUCUUGCUGAGAUCCAUUCGGGGGCUCUUCAUCCGCACACCUGGCGCGUGCACAUUGAAGGCGCCAAGGCGCUGAUGGCGUCGUCAGGGUCGAGCAAGAACAAGACCAGAACCGGGCACAGCCCUCCCGACGCUUUCCGCCGGUAUCUCGACCGGUGGUACCGGGCGAUUGUCGCGCUGACUGCGCUGACGGGGAACGGCCCGCCGAUCGAGCAAACAGAGGUAGAUAGCAAUGCAUCCGACCCGUCUUCGCCCGAUUAUCUCGACGACUACUGGGGUUUUUCGGUGCAUCUGGCGGAGAUCUUCCGCGAGAUAGGCGCUGCUGCGUGGCGGCGCCAGCAGAAACUUAAUAAUAAUGAUGAAAAUGAAAGCUCGGCAGAUAGUCUGGAACGCUCGCUGCGGCGCCUGAUGGACGCAGACCCCCCCACGUUCUACCCUGGAGUUCAGGAGGGCUUGUCCGAGCAAUGUAUCCGCGAGUUCGCGCUGUGCAACGAGGCCUUCCAGCACAGCGCGCUGAUCCAGAUCCACCGACGACUGCACGACACGCCAGACCCCUCGCGGAGCGAAGCCGUGCAGGCGUCCGUCCAGCGCAUCCUGGCGUGCACGGUGCAAAUCACGCCCUCGUCCGGGCUGAGUCCGUGGGUGAUGCUCACCACGCCGCUGUUUGUUGCCGGAUGCGAGGCGCGCGCCGAGGACCGCGCCCUCGUGCGCCAGCUGCUGGGCGCGCUGCACGACACCAUCCGUGUGCCGAAUGUGCUGCAGUCGUUGAAUUUUCUGGAGCAGUACUGGGCGGAGCAGUUGGAGGGGGAGAGUUGGAGUCAAUUUCUGGACACCACAAGCUCCGGACUGAAUGGGACCCCCGGACACAUCCGUCUGGCCUCCGAACCGUUUCUUCUCUCGCCGCGUAUCCUCCCCCCGCCGCCACCCUCUGCCUCCCACCGGCGGGCGCAGACCAUGGCCCUGCAGCCCCAGGUCAACCGACCGCCACCCCUGCAUCUCGAGUCAACCGUCAACCGCUCCAUCUCGGGCUCCUCGACCGACUCGAAACACCCUAAAACCCCGGGCAACAGGAUCACCUCGUUCUUUGGCUGGAAGACCACCACUUCCCCCGGUGCCGAUUCCUCCAGCACCGAGGUAUCCGACGACAUCGUCCACACCCCAUUCCCUUCCUACCCAUUCCCCCCGCCACCACCGCGGAUGUCGGCGGCUUCCGUCGACUUGGUCGGCAAGAUGAAUCCGCCCAGUCGAAACCCCUCGCUCGGCGGCGCCGCCGCCCUCGACCCAAUGCUAACGGCCAAGACGGCCGAGCUAGAGAAUGAGCUGCGCGAGAUUAGCUCCGAGCUCGCCGGUUCCAUCCGCCGCGAGAUGGAGCUCGAAGAUCUUGUCGAGCGCUUACAGUCCGAGAUGCCGCUCGAGCUCAACCAUCGUCGUACCAGCGACUACUUCUCUGAUGAGGGCACAAGCUCCAUUCGCUACGCCUCGGACGCCGGCCGCUCCGUCGACGAUAUCGAUAAAAUUAAGCGAAGUGCUGAGCAGGAACGUGCCCAGCUCAAGGUCGACCUCUCCCAGAAAUGGCAGGAGGAACGCUCGCGUCGAGCCGCCUGCGAAUCGCACGUCAAGAUUUUGGAAGCUCAGGUACAGCAAUUACGUCGUGAGAGAGUCGAUACGUCCGAUCUAGCCUCCAAGAACAAGGAAAUGGAGAUUGCCCUAGAAGAUACCCGACGCAAGCUGAUCGAGGAGCGACAGAUCAAGGACAACUUUGAAGACCUGCUGACUGCGAUGCGGGUGGAGCUGCAGCAGCUCCGCGACGAACGCGAUCACCUCCGCGACUACCAGAUGCAAACCCCCGCCACGCCACAGGUGGACCCGGCUGAGAUCGAGCGGCUGAUGGGCGAAAUUGCCGCGCUGAAGAUCGAAAACGCGUCGUUGGCACAGCUGCAGACAAGUCGCUUCGCCUCCAUCGCAGAAGAAAAUGGUGGAACCGCCGCCGCACGCCGUUCAUCAGGUUUCCAGGGCCUGUCGCGGUCGAACUCGCUGGUCCGCGGGCCGCCACGGUCAUCGAACUCGGGCCUGUCACGCUCAAACUCGGUGUCGAACAAGGACCGCAACGAGAGCCGGGAAUCGCUGGCCGACCGGAUGAAGGAUGUCGAGGCGCAGCGGGAUGCGCUGCACCAGGCUCUCCGCAGCCUGCUGCACCGUCAGAGCUACCAGUCGCGGGAGAACGAGAAGCACAUGCGGGUGCUGGAGCUGGAGCUGGCGCAGGCGCGCCAGCAGGCGGCUGCCAGUGGGCCCCCGCGCAAGCUGGGCUACGAGCGCGAAGUGUUCACCCUGCGCGAAGAGAUCAAUCAUUUACGGCAGCGCGCCGAGGACGCUCUGGACCAGAAGUGGCAGUGCGAGAAGGGGCUGGCGGGUCUGAAGAUGGACCUCGACCGCGCCAAGCAAGAGACCGGCUCCCUGCGCACCCUGCUACAGGAGCAUGAUAUUUCGGUCCCUGAGGAGCUAGUGACGGCGGCUACUACUACUACUACUACUACUACUACCACCUCCGACGAAGACCUCGCCGAGGUGCAGCUGACGACUUCCUCGUUGGAGGACGCCUACCGCCAGCUGCAGGCGGACCGAGAGUACGCGGAAGCCCAUAGCCCGUCGGUCGAGCAAGCCACCGAGGCCGCAAGCCGGACUGACCUGCUGGCGGACCACGUCCGGCGGCAGCUGGCUACAAACCGGUCGCUCCGCGGGCGGUUGGCGGAUGCGAUCGGCAAGGGUGAGAAGGAACAGCAGGUGUCGGCGGAGCGGAUCAACGGGCUGCAGCAGCGGCUCAAGGGCCUCGAGGACAUGCUGAUGGUUGCGCAGCAGCACUCGGAGGACCAGAUGUCGCGCCACGAGGACGAGAUCCGGAGUCUGAAGGAGAACCACACCGUGCAGCUGCACCGGAUGAAGAACGGGAUCCGCAGCCCCGUCGCGCUGUCGCCGAAACCGCCCAACACGCCGUGGGGGGCUCGCUCGCCGCGUCUCGACCGUACCACCAGCGGCGAGGCCAUGCCGCUGACGCAAGCCGUGCAGACCGAGGAGCUCGAGCGGCGCGUCAAGGAGCUCGAAAGGGCCCUGCGCGAUGCGGAUCUCGAGAUGGGCGAGGUCAUCGGUCGCAUGAACCGUGCCCAGAUCGAAGUCGCGGAGCUGCAGUCUGAUAGAGAUGAAGCCCUGCGCGAGACGCGCCGGCUCCAGGCCGAAAUCCAGACAGAACGCCAGGCCUUCCAGGCGAUGUGGGCGGCCUAG